GGCCUGUUCAGAGACAGCUGGAGGUGGUCAGAUGGGAGUAACUUCUCUUUCAGAUACUGGGACAUGGACUCAUUUAAUGAUGGACUAAACAACAGGAAAUGUGCAACGACUCUGUUAGAGAGAUCAGGAAGAUGGAGCUCUGCUGGAUGUGACCACAGAAAGCCUUUCUUCUGCUAUGAUGAUAAACUGAUUCUGAUCAGGGAAAACCAAACCUGGGAGAAAGCCUUGAAUUACUGCAGACAGACACAUCAUGACCUGGUUUCAAUCAGCAACCCUGAGGAGCAGCGAUGGGUCCAGGAAAGAGCCAAAAAUGCCUCGACUCCUUUCGUGUGGCUGGGACUGCAGUACAGCUGUGCUGCACGUUUGUGGCUUUGGGUCACUGAUUAUGUAGUGUGCUAUGGGAGGUGGGCUUCAGGGGGAAGGACUGAAGACUGUGGCAUGUCUGCAGCCAUGACCACAGGAGGGCAGCACGAGUGGGUCAGUCAGAGGAAAAAUGAGACAUUUAAUUUUAUUUGUAUAAAACACUAAAGUUUAAAGCUAAAGUCACUUCUUAGCUGCACAUGUAGAUUUUCUGGGGUGAACUCUGUGUUUCUGCUCAGUGUUUACAGUCUCUGGGUUU